UUUCCCGCCAAAGCCACAACCGCGCCGCCCUUUUCUUCCCGCUCCUCCCUCGCUUCUCAACACCUCUUCAUCUCCCUUCUCUUCGUUUCUCUGCAUCUCCUCAUCCCUCUUUUUCCAUCCAUGGCAGCGUUGAAGAGCGUCGAUUUCGCGGUCGAUAAAGCCCUCGCCAAGGAUUUCCUCAACAACUUCGCCGACGCCCUCGGCGAGCCCAAGUACCUCAAUAUCCUCCAAGAUGUGGCAAACCGCAAGCGGCGAGCCAUCCAUAUCGAACUCGACGACCUCGUUGAUUACAAGGAUUUGGAUGAGGCCUUCUUGCAGAGGGUCACAGAGAACACCCGGCGCUACAUUAACAUAUUUGCGGAGGCCAUCGAUGAGCUCAUGCCAGAGCCCACGGAGGUUUUCCCGGUCGACGAGGACCGUGACAUUCUCAUGACGCAGAGGGUGGAUGAUGGAAUGGAUAACGUGGAUAACUCGGAUCCGCUCCAGAAGAUGCCUUCUGAGAUCAGGCGCUUCUUUGAAGUAUACAUAAAGGCAUUCUCCAAGGGAACUCCAUUUACUGUAAGACAAGUCAGAGCAUCACAUAUUGGACAGCUUGUGAAGAUUUCUGGCAUUGUAACACGUUGCUCAGAUGUUAAGCCCUUGAUGCAAGUUGCUGUUUAUACUUGUGAAGACUGUGGUUUUGAAAUUUAUCAGGAAGUGACUGCUAGGGUCUUUAUGCCCCUGUUCGAGUGCCCAUCAAAUCGCUGCAAAAUAAAUAAAGCUAAGGGAAAUCUCAUACUUCAGCUUAGAGCUUCAAAGUUUUUAAAGUUUCAAGAGGCAAGAAUCCAAGAGUUAGCAGAACAUGUUCCAAAGGGACACAUUCCACGUUCUUUGACCGUUCAUCUCAGAGGCGAACUUACUAGAAAGGUUGUCCCUGGUGAUGUGGUUGAAUUGUCAGGGAUCUUUCUUCCUAUUCCUUAUAGUGGAUUCAGAGCACUUCGUGCAGGUUUGGUUGCAGAUACAUACUUGGAGGCUAUGUCCAUCACCCACUUUAAGAAAAAAUAUGAAGACUAUGAGCUUAAAGCUGAUGAGCAGGAACAAAUUGAACGACUAGCUGAGGAUGGUGAUAUAUAUAACAAGUUGGCAAGGUCAUUGGCACCAGAGAUAUUUGGCCAUGAAGAUGUCAAAAAAGCUUUGCUUCUACUUCUUGUGGGUGCUCCUCACCGCAAGCUCUCUGAUGGUAUGAAGAUAAGAGGAGACCUGCAUAUCUGUUUAAUGGGAGAUCCUGGAGUGGCAAAAAGUCAGUUACUCAAACACAUAAUAAACGUUGCACCAAGGGGAGUGUAUACUACAGGUCGAGGGAGCAGUGGGGUUGGUCUAACUGCCGCUGUCCAGAAAGAUCCUAUCACAAAUGAAAUGGUGCUUGAAGGAGGAGCGCUGGUGUUAGCUGACAUGGGCAUAUGUGCAAUUGAUGAGUUUGACAAGAUGGAAGAAUCAGAUAGAACUGCAAUCCAUGAAGUGAUGGAGCAACAGACAGUAAGCAUUGCUAAGGCUGGCAUUACCACCUCUCUUAAUGCAAGAACGGCAGUUCUUGCUGCUGCCAAUCCAGCCUGGGGAAGAUAUGAUCUACGGAGAACUCCAGCAGAAAAUAUCAAUCUUCCUCCAGCUCUUUUAUCACGUUUUGAUCUCCUAUGGUUAAUUCUGGAUCGUGCAGACAUGGAUAAUGAUCUUGAAAUGGCUAGACAUGUUGUCUAUGUGCAUCAAAAUCUUGAAUCGCCUUCACUUGGAUUUACACCACUUGAACCUUCUGUUUUAAGAGCUUAUAUUUCUACUGCAAGAAGAAUAGCUCCUUCCGUGCCAAGGGAGCUUGAGGAGUACAUUGCUACUGCAUAUUCUAGCAUCCGCCAAGAUGAAGCCAAAUCAAAUGCACCACACUCUUAUACAACUGUCAGGACUCUUCUUAGCAUUCUCCGGAUAUCUAUCGCCCUAGCAAGGCUUCGAUUUUCGGAGACUGUAGCUCAAAGUGAUGUGGAUGAGGCACUGCGUUUGAUGCAAAUGUCAAAGUUCUCAUUGUACUCGGAUGAUCGCCAGAAAUCUGGCCUAGAUGCCAUAUCUGAUAUUUAUUCUGUCCUGCGAGAUGAAGUUGCCAGGACAAACACCAUGGAUGUGAGCUAUGCUUGUGCUCUUAACUGGAUAUCCAGAAAGGGAUACAGUGAAGGUCAGCUGAAAGAAUGCCUAGAGGAAUAUGCUGCGUUGAACGUGUGGCAGAUCCAUCCCAACACCUUUGACAUCCAUUUCAUUGACGCCUAACGCAGUCACCUUGUAAAAUAGAAGCCCUCUUGGAAGUCCAAAUGUUUCAAGUGUCGAACUUGAAAGAUCCUGCUGUCACCCUUCGGAGAGCUCAACCAUCAUACUGUAGUUGAUAUUUGUGUACACUUGUUGCUGAAUGUUUCUAUACUGUAGUUGAACAUGAUUCUAUACUGUAGGUAGCAGCAACUAGAGAUGUAGGCCCUAAUUCCCAUCCUUUUUAAUCUAUUGCCGCAUGUUGCGACAAAGAUUAGUGCAUGUGUUUAGGGACAUGGAAGACUGCGACAAAUUGAGGUCAUUUAGGCCAUACAAGUCUAAAAGCAGGUUCACGAGGGCCUCUGUAUAA